UUGCAAAAGUUGCAGUGUCUUUUGGUGAUUGUGGCGUCUCAUAUGAAAAUAGGUGCUUCCAUUUUCAGGGUCCGAGCAAUGUUGUAUGAGAGUUGGUAGGAUUGGAACAUUUUAUUCUUGAUUGUGAACCAAAUCAACAUUAAAAUUACAUUGGUUUGUGCUUUCUAUAUCAUUAUAAAACCGUACAACCUUCAAACCAAGGCAUACCGGAUGAGAAACAACGCGUAAGGCGUACACAGACAAGGCUAGCCUAGCCUAGGCCAGAGAGUUGCAGGCCUCUAACACUAACUAGCUAGGCAGAGUGAGAGUUUAGUAGCUAUGUGAAAGUAAAUCCAUCCAAGAUGCCAAUGUGGACUCUACGUCUGGAGGGUGGUCCGCGACGUGUCAAUCAUGCUGCGGCAGCAGUUAACCACCUUAUCUUCUCCUUCGGUGGUUACUGCACGGGCGACGACUAUGCUAGGCGGAGGCCUAUGGACGUGCAUGUGUUUAACAUUGAAACGUUGCAAUGGAGAAAGCUGCCUGAUGUAGACAGUAAAGAUCCAAGCUUCAAGUGCAUCCCAUUUAUGCGAUAUGGACACUCAGCUGUUGCAUAUAAUGACAAUAUUUACAUAUUCGGUGGCAGAAACGAUCCCGAUGGGGCGUGUAAUGAACUUUUUUGUUUUCAAACUGCCUCUCUGAAAUGGUGUCUGCCUAAACCAACUGGUGAUAUACCACCAGCAAGGGAUGGACAUUCUGUUUGCUUAGUAAAGAACAAAAUGUACAUUUUUGGUGGCUAUGAAGAUUUGUCGCAAUGUUUUUCAAAUUCUAUCCAUAGACUGAAUAUUGAUAAAAUGAAAUGGAAACGGCUUACUUGUAGGGGCAAUGCUGCAUAUUGGAGAGACUUCCACUCAGCAGUGGCAAUAGGACAGUACAUGUUUAUAUUUGGAGGUCGAUCGGACAAAAAUGGACAAUGGUUUUCUGAUAAUGAAUUUUAUAGUAACAAAUUAGAAGUGUUUGACACAAAAUCUAAGACUUGGAGUGCUCCAGAAACGUGGAAAAGUGUGCCUGUAGGUAGAAGAAGUCAUUCAGCUUUUGUCUACUGCGAUAAUAUGUAUAUCUUUGGAGGCUACAAUCGUGUAAUUGAUGAACACUUUAACACCUUACAUAAACUUGAUACCAAAACAAUGGAUUGGUCAAAAGUUCAAUUACAGGGCUCGUUAGAACCUUGCAAACGACGCCGACAAUGUUGCGUCACGAUGGGAAGUAGAGUGGUCAUGUUUGGUGGAACCAGCCCAAAACCAAAAAUGCAAGCAGAUGGAACUGAUGAUGACAAUUUACAAGACAUGAAUGAUCUAUUUAUUCUUGACUUUGAGCCAAGUUUGAAAACUCUUUGUCAACUUGCUGUUAUUAAAUAUAAUCUUGACACUGCUGUUCUUCCAAAGGAAUUGAGAAUGGAGAUUAGAAAUAUGGUUCCAAGUAAUUUACCUUGAAAGACAAAGCACACUGUUAAUUACAACUAUAGAGUAAAUUCACCAACAAUGAACUUUGAGGUACACAAGUUGAAAUUUGUUUGGUACAUCUGUGUGGAUGUCCCAAUACAAAGCGAAGCGUUAUUUUUUUUAAAUUUAUAAAAAUGUAUGAUAAAUAUGUAGUGGUAAGUACAUAGCUUUACAUUGCAAUAGUGUGUAGGGUGAUGGAUUGGGCAGCGAGGAGUGAGUAAACCUUGAUGAUGAGAUUGUUUAGGGGCAAAACCAAAUACUUUUUGGGGCUUCUUACAAGAUCUAGGACAAAAGACAUUUUUUUCCCUGUUACUUUUCAGUCUUUUUUUCAAAUUUUGGUGAAUAUGUCUGUUAUAAAGUGUGGACUAAAGUUUAAACAAAGUCGACCACAAAUUUUCUGAGCUAAAGCUGGUCACUAUAUCAAAGUUGCAACAACAAGUUGAUGAUAUAACAAUGUCAUGUAGUUCAAUGUUCUACAAACGAUGGUUCAACAAAAUAUUUUCCGCGAAAAUUUGGCAGAAAUCACUAAAAUCAGCCAGCUCAAUUCAAGAUAAUUUGAAACAUGUUAUUUUGUAAAAUAAAUGAAGUCAUCAAUCUGCAUACUUUGUUUUUUUCUUUUUGCAAUGAUACAACAAAGUAAAAUGCGGCUACAAUCGUUAUUUUACAUUAUAAUUUUGUCAUAUUAUUUUUUUUGGUUUAUGUAUUGUUUACUUAUUUUUUAAAUCUGAAUUUAAAGUGUUGCAAAAUGGUACACUAGGGCUAGUUCUGUAACUUAGGCAUGUAUGGAUAAGGGGGUCAGUGGGUCGUGAUUCAUGUCUGAAUUUCCAAACUGGGUCAUCAGAGUUUGCGGACACUGAUGUACAGUCAUCUGCGCAUGUGAAGACUUUGAGUUGUCGUUAUCAUCAGAAUCAAAAGACAUAGUUUUGAUGAAAUCUACUGUAUGUUGUGCAGAGAAAGAGUGAUUCUUUCUAGGUUCACAUUGUCGUUAUGUUCACAAGUUUUCUACUGUCUGUAUUUAGAUUGUAAAAGACACAUCUCUCAUAUUUAUUUGAAGUUGCAACAUUGUAAAUGUUCUAUAAAUAUUACUAUACAAGGCUUACUGUAACUGAUUGUUGAACUGAUUAAUUAGCAUAAUAAUGUGACAGUAUUGUAUACUUUAGUACAGAGAAGCUGUAAUACUUUUACUCAUAACUUUGGCAAUAAUAAGUUGAUUCCACUAAAUGACCCAUCAUUUUAAAGCUUGUGGAGAAUAAGAAAAUAUUAUAAAGUUAAUUUCCAUUUUUUGGUCAUAGAUGCUGUUUUUGGGAUGUCAAAUUAUUGUUUAUUAUUGCAUUUUUCACGAUUUACUUGAAAUUGGCAUAUUAUAAGUUUUUUGUUUUUAUUUAUUAUUGUUAUUACUGAAAUAAUAAUAAUAAUAAUAUUGUUAUUAUUAAUAUUAUUAAUUUUUAUUAUCUUUAUUUUCAUUAAUAAUGUAAUUAUGUAAUUUGAGAAACUCAGUGAUAUAUAAUUAAUGAUUAUUAUAAUAAUUUGUAAUAUAAUUUUAAUGAUAAUGAUUUUAAUUAUUCCUAUAAUUAUUAUAUAUUAUUACUUCUUCAUCUGUUUUAUCUUUCCAAAGUAGGAUCAACGUAAAUGAUAUUAUGCAUUAUUUUCAUUUAUACAUAAAUGUUAUAAUAUAUAGAAAUUGAUUUUGUUAGGAGGUGGGGAGUAGGGGUGGUUACUGGCAAAAUGACACCAAAAAUCACUGUGAAAUUUUAAUCUAGAUAAAAUUAUAACAAGAAACAUUCUGAAUAAGUAUUCCAUUUUACAUUCGGUUUUUACAAAAAUGAAAUGUCAGUAGCAAAAUUUUGUAAUGUUUAGGCCUGAUCUUAGAGGCCUGAGUUUUAUAAAUUUGGUUUAUGCGGAAUGAGUUUUUAAGCUUAUAAAUCUGUAUGUGUAGCUAGCGACUCUUUUCAAAAAUGCAGAUUUGGACAGAAUAGAUAUUUAAUUGCCUGAUAAAAUGAGUGUAAUUUUUACAUACUGUGAAAUUUUUAGUUGAACUUAUAUAAAUUAUAAAAUAAACUUCAACGAACAAAAACUAUUAUCUUACAGGUACCGCAACUAGGUUGAUGUGUAGGCCCAUGGAGGGUAUUAAAUGUAUAUAAUAUAUAAAUAUUCUGUCAAUGUCUCAGGGUUUUCGGCCCCUGGAAUUAUCCCCCCCGCCCCCCCCCCCCCCCUAUUUAAGGACCUUUUACAGGUAAAAUUCCUGGCUGUAUCCCUGGUUCCCUAGGGUGUUUUUUGGAGAUUAGAAAAUACCAAAUUUACUAUGUGAAUUAGAUAAAAUGAGUGUUGGGGAGGAACAAAUUAUUGUAAAAAAUAUCGUGCCCUUAGUAUUAAUGUGCUGCACUAAAGUGGUAUUUUUCUAUAAGAUGAAAAAAAAAAACAAUUGCAACGUCGAGAGUUAUGUUUACAUGUAUCCAAGAUUAUGCCAACACCUCUUGAGAAUUUGUAAUUAAAAACAACUCAAGGGUUAGAUAAAUAAUGAAUCAUGAUGCUAUCAAACAUGAUGCUAUCAAAAUUCUAUGGAAGGCAAUUGCUGUCAAAUUUAAAUCAUGAUAACUUUUGAUACUAUUUACUGGUAUUUUUCGUCUGAUCCUGUUUUGUGUCUUAUUUUUGCAUACAAUUUGGCAGUGUUGGACAGUAGCGUAUCUGGAAGUGACAUUAUAUAGCUGGUGGUGGCGUGAUGGAAAAGUGGGUGGGGUAUUCAGGGGCGGAUCCAGAGAAAAGUGUGGGUAAGAAGGCCAUGUGUGCAAAGUAUGUGGGAUAAUACAUUGUAAAAUAAAAUCAAUACGAGUACACAAAUUACUACUUCUAUAGCGGUAUCAUGUAGUGCUUUCAAUACCAUUUUAUUUUCUCACUCCCUUAUUCCUUCUUUUUUAGGGGGAUGCUUUAUCCCCUUAUGGCCCCUAGAGCCGCUGUAUCAGAUGUAGAAAUGAGAUGAUAUUAGUAAUUAUUAACUACUAGAUUUUUUAAUGGUUUUAGUGGGGAUGCAUGUGGACAAUAACUUUUUUCAGGGGUAAGUUCGCUACCACCCCUGUAUACCAUUAUUAGAAUUUGAAUUAUAUUAAUCAGUCUGAGAAUUAUUUGAAUCUAUUAGUGUCUAAUUGUAUUGUAUUAAAGUUUAUAACGAAUACUUUUGCAAGUUUGCUACAUAACGCAUUGACUGUGGAUUGAACCAUUGGAGAAGAAAACUCCUAUUUAGCAAAUACUCUAAAUUUUAUUUUGAUUUUUUCCCCUAAUCUGCUAGGUUUAUUAUUUGAAUUAUUAUUACAAUCCAAUUGAUAUCUUCUUACAUUGUAUUAAAGUGUAUAAAUUCACAUAUAUUGUAAACAUUUCCUAGUGACUACAUUACCUUUAUUGUCCUAUUGAAAUGACAUUGUUGUCUCUGAACGGCUAUCCGUCAUCAUUUAAUUCAUAACUGAAUUUUCCAGAGUUAAGCUACGUUCACAUCAAGACCGGAUCCUGAGUUGCUACGUUUUUUGAACGCUGUGCUCACAUCGCACAUGGUUAUUUGGGUUAAGUACGUAUGCGUUCAAUUGGCUUGAACCAACCAACCAACCUUGUUGCUGAUUGGUCCAGAGAAAAUAAACCUAUGAUUUCACGAUACAAAUGGCUAUCAGAUCCAUCGAUCCGGAUCCGGAGUCUGGAUUGGAAUCGUACAGUACGAAUUUCAUGUGAACUUUCCUAUUUUGUACCACUGAACCUAUUUUUCAUGAUUUUUUGUCCAGGCACCUGACCGGAUCUGGGCUUUGAUGUGAACGUAGCUUUAGUCUAUAUUUAUCAAGUGACCUAUCAGGAGUACUCACUUGCCCCACAAACUCAUGUAUUUACGUACAGUUACGCUGUCAUUUUGUGGGGAAAUUAGCAACAAUAUCUAAGAGGCAGGGCUCAAUGGAACCUUCCAGUAGGCAUUAUGAGGACAUUUUUAACUCAGUUAUUUAAAUCGGUAAUUAUUUAGAUUAAAUGUUUCCUACCAAAUUUUUUUAUUCAUUAUCUUGUUUUUAAAUAUACAUUGCAUGUGGAUUUUGUGUAGGUCAUUAAAUUUAUUUGUCUAUUUAUGUAAGAUCCAAAGCAAUGUAUUAAGAUAUAGUGAUGAUAUACGUCGCUAUUGUUCAAUUUGCAGCUGUAGGGAUGAAAUAAAUGCCAUAAUAUUAAA